AUGCUUGAUUGGGACAAUGGAAAUCCUGUGGUCGAAUACGACUAUACCCAUCCGGAGCGCCACCACAAAGGUCUUUUGCCGUUCAAACCUUUCAAGAAUCACAGAAAUUGUUACAACAGUGGUUACUAUCCCGGGAAGAUCGAUGGUAUCUAUCAACGGUUCGUACGGGGGUACUCGGAUGAGAGCAAGCAGGAGUUAUGCUCUUCAUGUGGCUGGACCGCGUACGAUCAAACUACUUCCAGCUACCUGUCACGCAUCAGAAUCAUGCAUGCCCGGUUCAACAUGGGCUUGUGGUCAAUUGGAUCCAAGUGGCUCAUACGCGAUCAGCCAAACGAUAAAUCAAUGGGGGCUGAGUAUAUGACGUGGAAAUUUCUCCACGAACAGCCUGGCCUUACUAUCCCCCUGCCCAAGCAGAUGCAACUCCUGAGUGAUCCGGAGGAUCCUAUCCAGUUUACACUCAUAUCGAGAGCGCCGGGCGUGCAUCUCUCGGCAAUCUGGCACACAUUGACUCCUGAACAAAAGCAAGGUUAUAGGGACCAAAUGGUUGACUUCCUCAAACAACUACGACAGUUUACGGCACCGCGCCCACAAAGGGUCAAUGGGGAUGAACUCGAGGACAACCUUGUGGCUAUCUGCUGGAGGCGCCAUUCACCGACCUGUAUUAAAAUGGGGUUCACCGAAGACGAAUGGCUCGAGAAUAUGACGCCCGAUCUCCGCCUUGGCCUCAGUAUCGUCCACGAUACCACGGACCCGACGGUCAUCGAAGAGAAGCUCCAAGAAAUCAAAGAUAACUUUCCAAGAGGAGGACCGUAUGUUCUGAGCCAUACCGAUCUCAACAUGACCAACAUUAUCGUCCAGGAUGACAAGAUCCAAGCCAUUGUCGAUUGGGAGAUGGCUGGGUACUAUCCGUGGUGGGCAGAAUACUAUGCCGUCUUCUUGUUCGAUGGCUGCGGCCAGGAAGAAUUCUACAACGACAAGGAUAAUCCCCUCUGGUCAAGAGUCCACCCAGACUUUGUCUUUGAUGGCCCUGUCUUCACAAAGAUUAGGGUAGCGUUGGGACUAGUUGUUCGGGCUUUCGGCAGGACUACACUCCAUGCAGAGCACCACCCACCCAAGGACGCGCCUGUGAUAGGUUUCUGGCGUCCCCGAUUUUGCAAAUGUCAGCCUUUCGGAGGCACCAUCCCCGGGCCCGCGUUCGGAGUCUUUCUGGAGCAUAAGCCCAAGGGUUUGGACGCCUACAGAAAUGAAAAGUACGACAGCAACAACGUUAUCAAAGACACAGCCGACUCAACCGAAAGGUCCCGCUUUCCGUUCUGCUUCUAG